AUGACAGCUCUGGAAAGGGACGUGUUCAAGAAAAAGAUCACCUAUAUUGCUUCUUUUGUGUCCGACGGCCUGAGUCGUUCCUUUGGGAGAGUCUCGGGAAAGCACAUCCGAUCUAACACACAUAAGUCCAUACAAGACACGUUCUUUAACCAGCGUUUUAACAUUAUUCCAAAACCCAAUACUGUAUUUAGCGUCUUGUACCCUCGAAGAAUCCCUGGUGUACUCCUGAGUAACGGGUACCAUCGGGGCUUGGACUCGUCAGACUCUAUGAGCAAACCCUACGACGGACAGAACCUCAGCCUCGGGAAGAAGAAGAAAAAGAAACGAAGACAUAGCCGGACCAUAUUCACUUCCUAGCUGGAGAACUCGAGAAAAGCCUUCAAGGAAUCCCACUAUCCGGACGUUUACGCGAGAGAAAUGCUGUCCCUCAAGACCGACCUUCCGAAGACCGGAUACAGGUGAGUGGGUGGCCGGAUAAGGGUGUGGUUCCAGAACCGGCCGAAGUGGCGGAAGACGGAGAAGACGUGGGGCAAGAGCACCAUCAUGGCGGAGUACGGCCUCUACGGCGCCAUGGUCAGGCACUCGCUCCCGCUGCCGGAGACCAUCGUCAAGUCCGUGGACGCGGGCGAGGAGUGCCCGGCGCCCUGGCUGCUAGGUAUGCACCGAAAGAGCUUGGAGGCCGCUCAGCAGCUGCAAGAAUCAGAGGCCGACGGCGAGGCCAGCGACGGCCGAGAGGACCCCCAGCAGCAGCAACCGCCUCAGCCACAACAGCAGCCCUCAGGAGAACCGCAGAGUGAACAGCAAGAGCAACAGAAGCGACAGCAGCAGGCGCUGUCCAGCGACCACCACCACGGGGAGGCAGAGAGCGGAGGUUUCCCCCGGGAACAUCCCCACUUCCCCAUGGAGAAGGUGAGGACGCCCCUCUCCCACUACGGGAUGCUGCUGGCGGGACUCAGGUCACCAGGGCACCUCAUGAGUCAGGGACCCCCCGGGUACCCCUUGGGCCACAUGGCGGCGGGCCAGACGCACCCCGAGGGGCAGGAGGUGGGCGGAGGAACGACCUACAACCCCACACGCCCUGAGCCCACCACCAGCCUGCACGCGGCGCCCUCGGCCUCCCAGCCCACCCCCGCCCCUCUCUCCGACGACCUGCGCUCCUCCAGCAUUGCGGUCCUCCGUCAGAAGGCGCAGGAGCACGCCGCCAGGAUGAGCCUCAACAACAACAUGGCGGGGCUGCACCACCCGGAGCCGCUCCACCACCACCACCUCGGCCACUUCUGAUCCCGCACGCCCACUGGGCCGCCCACGCCCGACGCAACGCCGCCGCCAGGAGCACCCACAGCCCCCUCGCCAACUUCGGGGACCUUAACGACACUGCGAACGCCUUCAGGACCCCCCGCGGACGCCGGCUCUCAGACCGACGGAAGGACCCGGGCCGCAGCGACUCCCCGCCCGCACCGACGCUGACUCCAC